AUGAUUUCUGAUGAUAAAGUUAAAGUUGUUGUCCGUGUUCGACCUCAAAAUAAAUUGAAAGAAUCAAGUUAUAAUGUUGUAACAGAAGUGGUGGAUGAAUAUAAUCAAGUAAAAAUUCCCAUCGAUAAGACUUAUACUUUUGAUAAAGUCUUUGACAUUACAUCUGAACAAAUUCAACUUUUUGAUUUUUGUGCACUUCCAUUAAUUAAUAGUGCUUUUAAUGGAUACAAUGCUACUAUUCUUGCUUAUGGUCAGACUGGUGCUGGUAAAACUUUUACUAUGGGUACCUCAUACGAUCCAGAAAAACAUACAGAUGAUGAUGUUUUAGGGGUGAUUCCUCGUUCAAUUAACUAUUUCUUUGAUGCAAUAAAAACUAGACAAGAACAAGCUGGAGAAGAAGGUCUAACCCCACCUGUAUUUGAAGUUUCAACUUCAUUUAUGGAAUUAUAUAACGAAGAAGUUUACGAUCUUUUAUCAACAGACAAAGCUUCAACGGCAGACGGAAAACUAAGGAUAGUUGAAGAUGAAAAAGAAGGUAUUAUAGUUAAGGGCUUGGUUAGAAAAGUAGUAAAAGAUGCAUCUGAUACAUUUAGGAUGCUUGAUGCAGGAACUGUAAAACGAUCUGUAGCUGCUACUGAGAUGAAUGCCGAAUCUUCCCGUUCUCAUGCUAUUUUUACUUUGUAUAUUUCUCAGACAAGAGAAAUUAUUGCUGCUGUCACGGAAGAUAGCGACACGAAACCAGAAAAAAUAAUGGAAACAUUAACGGCAAAAUUUCAUUUCGUUGAUUUGGCAGGUUCUGAGAGACUCAAGCGAACUAAAGCCGAGGGCAAUACAGCAAAGGAAGGGAUAUCAAUUAACAGUGGAUUAAUGUACCUUGGAAACGUAAUAUCUGCACUUGGUAGCAAUGCUUCAUUUAUUCCUUACCGUGAUUCUAAAUUAACACGACUUCUUCAAGACUCUUUAGGGGGGAAUUCUAAGACACUUAUGAUCGCCUGCAUUUCACCAAAUGAUGCAGAUCUUUUGGAGACAACUUCAACAUUAAACUAUGCUGAUAGAGCUAAAAAAAUCAAAAAUAAAGUAACUGUAAAUCAAGGUGGUGACAAGAAACUAAGAGAAUUACAAGCUGAAAAUGCUAGGCUUCGAGACGAAUUAAGUAAAUUUAAAAAUGGUGAAAUCACUUGUAAUGAAGCUGAGAAUGUUAGAAGAAAUGAUUUAGAACAUGAAAAUGAAAUGCUUUUACAAGAAAAUCGUCAAUUGCUAGGAAAAUUAAAAGCUUCUGAAGGUGUUACGAGUUUACUUAAUGAAAAGAAUAGCCGAUUAAUGAAAGAGUUGUAUGAUUUAAAAAAACGUAAAGAAAAUGGUGAGGAGUGUUCAGAUGGUAUGGAAGAUGAUAGUAUUGAUAUUUUUAAGCAUGCUCAAGAUGCAGAAACACGGAUGCUUGAGUUAAGUGAAAUAGUAUCACAACUUCGUAAAGAAAAUCAAAGAUUAAGGGUUGCCCGUGGAAUAUAUUCUGAAACCGAAAUGUGUUCUAAUACCGAAAUUACUGAAGCACAAACAAAAGCAAUACUUGCAAAACUAAAACAACAAGUUGCUGAGAAAGAACAUAUAAUAAAUUCUUCACGUGGUGGAUCUGUUUCUAAAGAUUGUGAAAUGUCAAGUAGUUGUUCUGACAUGAAAUACAUGGAUAAUGACGAUGGAAACACAACCGCUGAAGAUGAAGAUAUUGAAGAAUAUGAUUAUAAUGAACAUAAUAUGACAAGAUCUCAAGAAGACAGAGAAGAGGCUGUUGAAAAUAUGACAGAACAAUAUCAAGAUAUGCUCACAGACAUUGAUGUUAAACGGAUUAUUAUUGAACAAUUGGAAAGAAAACAAUUAGAUCAACAAAGAAUAAAAGAUAAAUAUGAACAAAAAAUACAAAUAUUCCAGGAAAAUAUUCGCAAGUUAGAAGAAAAUUUAAGAAAUGAAAAAUUAAAGAUUGAUUCUAAGAAAGGUUCAAUUAGCGCAGAUGAAAUAAAGAAAUAUCAACAACGACUUCAAGAAAAAGAAAAAGAGAUUCGCGAAGAGAAAAGUAGUUUAAAGAAAUAUGAACGAGAAUUGAAAAAAGUUCACCAAGAAAAAGAACGUAUUGCAAAUGAGCUUGGAAGAGUGCAACAAAAUGUUGAAGCUUUAAAGCGUGAAAAAGUCUUAUUGUCACAAAAAAUUAAAGAAGAAGGUGCUGAAAGGAAGAAAGAAAGAAUGGAAAAUCAAAAGAAAUUUGCCACAUAUGAAAAAGAAAAAAGGAAAAAAGAAAUUGAAAUGAAAAAUCUUCAAAGAGAGAUGGAGAAGAAGGAUGCUGUACUACGAAGAAAACAAGAAGAAGCUUCAGCUCUCAAGCAAAAAAAUAUUCUUUUUGAAAAGAAACAAAGAGAGGCAAAGAUGCAGAAAAAUGUUUCUGACAAAAUAUUAGCAACAAAAAUUGCCAAUCGAAAAGGUAGACUUAGUGCUGCAUUUUCUCCAAUAAAUAUUGACAUGUCUUGGACAAAACUUCAAAAAAUAUUAGUAAAAGAAAUAGAAACAUCUACUGUUUCUGAACAAAUAACAGAAAGAAUAAAUACAUUGUUAGAAGAAAGAAGUCAACUUAUGGUUAAAAUCGAAGCUGCUCAGAGACUUAUUGAAAAAGCUCCAACAAAGUUGGCUCGAGAUAUUGCUAAAAGAGAUAUUGUACAACUACGUCAAAAAUAUGCAUACUUAUCAGAUUUAAUUGUAGAUAAUCAAAAUCAAAUAUAUGAAAUGGAAAAUGUUCAAAUGGCAAAUAUUUCUGAAUUAGAUAAUUGUAAAGAUGGUGAAGUUUCAAACUUAAAAGAAUUAGCCAUAUUAUCAAUUAAUAAAUGUAGUAAUAUUGAUGAAGCAAAAUAUUUACUUCAAAAAUUAGUUGAGUUUUGCAUUAGUACUGGAAUUGCUGAGAAAAAAGCUUCUAAAGAAGUUAAAGAACAACAAAUUCUUUUAAAUGAAACACAUGUAAUUUAUGGAAAUGACUAUGAAAAGGCUGAAGAUGCCGAAAAUCCAACUUUGUUUUCAUGUUCAUCUGAUUCAAAUGGUUCAAAUUUAAAACUUUUGAGCAGAGAUAGUUCUUUAAAGAAAAGUAGAAGGAGAACCGCGAUAAGCAAAGAUCUACUUGAAAGUAUGUCUUCAUUUGGAAAUAAUGAAGAAAAUGUAAAUGAUUUCCUAACAUUAUCUGAUGAUGAAGAAAAUCAAGAACAAUAUAAAUUAACACUUAAAGAUACUUAUCAAGCAUCAAAUGCCAGUAUUUAUAGUAUGGAUGUUAAAUAUGGAAAAGCUCUUCUUGGUUUAAGAGAUUUAACAGCUUUAGUUGUUGAUGUUGAAUCACAAAAAGAAGUUAGACGGUUAAAGUAUCAUCAAAAUACUGUAUUAUGUGCUAAAAUACAUCCAAUGUAUAGUAACUUUUAUGCUACAACAGCAAAUGAAAAUAUAUACAUAUGGGAUUAUAGAUCAGAAAGAAUUGUUGCUUGUUUAGUUUCAAAUGGUACAAGAGACGAACUUAAAAUUCAUAAAAGAGCACGUGAAAAAGAUAUGACAACAAAUUUAAAUGCUGCUUACAGUGUUCAAUUUGAUCCAACUGGAAAUUUCUUAUUAUCAAGUGAUGGAGAAGCUAUUCGUGUUUGGGAUAUUAAUACAUUUAGAUGCCUAUCUGUACUUAGAAGUUCCAUUGCUAUUGGAAAUUCAGCAAAAGAUCAUGUUGUUAAUAUUGAAUCACAUAUUUUAGAAAAUGAUACAGAUAUAAUUAGAGUAUAUAGUGGAUCAAUGGAAGGUAAUAUGUAUGCUUAUGAUUUCAACAAACAUACCGGUAUUUCAAACAAUAAAUAUUGGGAAUUUCAACCUCAUCAUACAGAUGCAGUGGCUGGAUUGGUAUAUACUUCUCAAGGAAUAUAUACAGCAUCUAGAGAUAAUUCUAUAUGCUGUUAUUCUCCAUUAGAUUUUAUUCGAAAUUCAGUUCGUGUUGGUGUUCAUCAAGGUUAUCUUCGUAAAAUGCAUCUUCAUACAAAUAAUAAUAUAAAUACUUUACUAACAUUAGAUAAAAAAGGAAUUAUCAAAACAUGGAAUAUUUCAGAUAAUAAGAAGAUACUUGAUGGUUCUUCGACAAAGAAUGGGGAUAACAUUGUUAAUUGCUUAUCUUCAUAUAAAAAUCUUGUAAUUGGUGGUACAACCAAUGGAAUAUUGGAAUAUUAUUCUAUAAACAUAUAA